AAAGUGUACUGGAUUAUGGAUAUAAAGAAUUUGAUUUUCAUUUGCAGUCACACGAACCAAAUCGAACGACUCUACAGUCGGUUCACCAGUCUCGAUCGCAGCAACUGUGGCACUGAGCGAGAGGACUUUCUUCGCAUACCUGACCAAACUGGCGAUCAAACCAUUGAGCGAAUCGUCAAUGCAUUCUUCAAUGACGGAUCGGGCAACGAUCGAGUCAACUUCAGGCAAUUCAUGCGAGUCUUGGCUCGCUUCCGACCCAUCAAGAAGUCCAAGGAUAACACUCUCAAUUCUCGGGAGCAGAAACUCAAAUUUGCCUUCAAGAUGUAUGAUUUGGAUAACGAUGACAUGAUCUCAAGAGAUGAACUACUGGCUGUUCUCCAUAUGAUGGUUGGAGCAAAUAUCAGUGAAGAACAAUUGACAUCAAUUGCAGAGCGCACAAUACUCAAAGCAGACCAGAACGGAGACCAAACGAUUUCUUUUGAAGAAUUCUGCAAAGCUUUGGAUAGGACAGACGUCGAACAGAAAAUGUCUAUAAGAUUUCUCUCUUAAUUAGUAACUAAAAUGAGACUUGUACUUAGAGCCUUUUGGUUGUAGCACAAAAUACUAACACAUCAUAAUAUUCCAGUCAACAUACUUGAAAAGUAUGUUGAGAAAUUUUUAUUUUUAUAGUUACCAAACAUUAAACUUGUUAUUUCAAUGCCUAAAUGAGAUACUCCAAAAGAUACUUACAUGCUUCUAGGUUCGUAUUUUGUGCAACAUAAUAUCCAAGCUUUAUGCAUUUCUUGAAUCAUUUUAUUAUUUAUUGGAUAUUCUAUAAAUAAAUGCUACAUAAUAUAUUUUAAUUU